CAGCUUUUUACAAUGUUCUUUCUCAACGAUAUCCUAAUAUUACUUUUAUUGCUACGACAACCAAAUCUAUUAACUCUCCACCAGCUGUUGAUGAUCAUGAUUAUCAAGUGCCAUUGUUUUUUAUACAAAAUUUUCGUCGUUAUGAAAAUAUUCCUCGGCCAAGUCCAAAAGUACUUGUAGGAGAAUUUUCAGUCAUCAACGAUGAUGAUUCACAAAUUAAUAAUCCAUUUGGAGCAGGUCGACUCGAUUAUCCAUCUAUCAAAUCGGCUGUCGCUGAAUCUAUCUAUCGAAUCGGGUUUGAACGUAAUUCAGAUAUCAUUAUUGGUGGUUGUUAUGCUCCAGUUCUCCAAAAUACUUUCAAUACACAAUGGACACCAAAUUUGAUUGUCUUCAAUGCUAGUUCAGUUGUUAAAUCAACAUCAUAUCUUGCUCAAAAAAUGUUUGGUCAAAAUCUUGGUAAUAUUAUUCUCAAUUCCACUGCUACCAAUAGUAGCGUUACUCAUCAAUCCGUAGAAAAAGGACAAGAAGGUGAUGGUAAACUUGGAAAUCUUUACUUUGUUGCAACAAAACGCACCAAUGACAGCAUGUUAAUCCUUAAGCUCGCAAAUGCAGAUCCGAAUGAUAUUUAUGUUAGAGUAAAAGUUCAAGGUACAACUCUCUGUUGCGAAGGUUUCAUGGAAAUCUUGACUGCUGGUUCAGGUGUUGAUCCUACAACAGUGCAUAAUACUAUCUUUAAUCCAAAUGCUGCAUCAAUUUUUAGACAUCCUUUUUGGUCAAUCGGUGGUGCAUUUUCAAUCACAAUCCCUUCCUGGAGUGUUAUGGUUGUUACUCUUCCUCUCUAA